AUAUCCCCACCACAUAAAAAAUCUUUUCCUUCCGCCGUUUCCCUCCCCUCUCUUAGUAACAGUCGUUUCUCUGCCGGAUCACAAAAACAAAUAUAUAUAACAACAAGAAGAAAAACAUUGAUAUACACUGAUACACACACACACACAUAUACACGAGUAAUCGUUUGUUAUACGGCUUUUUAACGGGUGUUACGUUAUAGAGAAGGAGAGUUUGAUCAUGGGAAUCCUAGACAAACUUUGGGACGAAACGCUUGCCGGGCCUAUGCCAGAAACCGGCCUCGGAAAACUACGAAAGUAUAAUUCCUUUUCAGCCACACGAGCAUUGUCUGCUACUGUUGAUAAUAGCAAGGUGGUGAUAACCAGGAGCAUUACCAUUCUUAAGAGCAACUCUGGUUUGAAAAACAUAUCUGUGGAGCCGGGUUCAGUUCCAGACUCUCCUUCCGGGUCUAGCAAUCCUGGGACACCUUUGUCACCGGGGACACCAUCUGGGGAUUUCAGGAGAUUCACGAGAAGAAAAUCGCCGACACUCCAAGGAGAUGAACCGAGAAGUCCGACUGUUUACGAUUGGAUCGUGAUGAGUGCUUUGGACCGUUAAGAGAGAAAAUCGGCGACUUUUCUUUUGGAGGAUCGACAGAUGAAAGAAACUUUUUGUAUAUAUAUAAAACUUCUGUUGAAGUUUCACUAUAUAUCUUUAUGCAUAUAUAAAUAUAUAUAAUAACUAAUAAUUAUGAUGACACUCAUCAAGAACAAGAGGAUUGGAUGAGGAAG